AAGUAUGGAACGUCCGUAGGUAGGAUAUCUGCAUAACUCAUAGAUAAAUGUGGUUUGACAGGCUUGUGUGGGUGAACUUAAAGCACACUCAGUCAGAGGGAAUAAGGCCAUACAAUCGGUGGUAAUUGAGGACAGAUACACUAUCAUAUCAGCCAUAGAGGCUGGUGCGUGUAAACUGAAAGAACAGGUCAUAAAAGGAACAUAACACAUAGAAUGUGGCGUAAUGGAAGGAAGUGACACUAUCCUUUCUGCAAUAGAGGCAGUUUCGGGGGAACUGACUGGACACGUCAUAACAGGGACAGGGCACAUAGAAUCGGUCGUAAUGGAAGGAAGUGACACUAUCAUUUCUGUAAUAGAGGUAGGUGCGGGGGAACUGAAAGAAAACGUCAUAAGAGAAACAGAGCACAUAGAAUCGGUCGUAAUGGACGGAAGUGACACUAUAAUUUCUGCAAUAGAGGCUUGUGCGGGGGAACUGACAGAACAGGUCAUACGAGGGACGAUGCACAUUGAAUCGGCUGUAAUAGAAGGAAGUUACACUGUCAUAUCUGCAAUAGAGGCAGGUGCGGGGGAACUGAAAGAACAUGUCAUAAGAGGGACAGGGCACAUUGAGUCGGCCGUAAUGAAAGGAAGUGAUACUAUCAUACCUGCAAUAGAGGCAGGUGCGGGGGCAAUGAACGAACAUGUCAUAAGAGGGAAAGGGCACAUUGAAUCGGCUGUAAUGGACGGAAGUGACGUUAUCACUGGAUUGGUUGAGGCAAGUACGAGGGAGAUUUCAUUUCAAGUAGACGUGGCAGAAAGGGAAAUCAGAAAGCUCAAGACAAAGAAGGAUGACGAAGAUAACGAUUUGCAAUGCAAAAAAAUUCAGUCGUGGUUAAUCGAACAGUACCGGGCAAUGUGUGUUGUACCAGUGUCGAUGCUGGAUCCUGACAUAGAUGUACCUUUAGAAAAGAUCUACGUUGCCCCGUCUAUCAAGGAACUAUGGAGAGGCCAGGCGACGGACAAAACAUCAAGGGGGGAAACAGAUUGUUUGAGUUGUUACAAAGAUUUGCUGCAUCGUGACGGUAAUCAUGUUAAUACAAUUUAUAUCCAAGGAAAUCCGGGUUGUGGUAAAACGACGUUUUCAACAAAGAUCGUUCUUGAUUGGCGUGAAGCCCAUUCUGAAACUAUUGCCAGUGCUAAGAAAGAAAUCACGAAAAGUGCCAGUACCAGCGAGGGGACGUCAAAACCAACACAUUUCGGAGAUCUUGACACGCUGCGAGAGUACACCUUUCUGUUCUUUGUGUCGUUACGUGAUUACAGCGGAUCCAUGUGUAACUUCAGCAAGAUGGUCGAGGACGCAAUACAGAGAAACAAACUAUCUUGGAAUGAUAGUUUCUGGCAACGUAAAUGUAUUGUUCUUACAGACGCUGCAAACGAAUGGCACCAUCCCGAAAUAACCUUUCCACCGCCAUUUUACUCAGAGUGCAAUUGCCUUAAAGAUCGAAGUAUGCCUCUGUAUUUGCAGCGAACAAAUAUUACCAACAUUAUAACCGCACGACCAUGGAAACUUGCCAAUCUAAGCAUGAGCAAUACUUUGACGCGUAUGUUCGAAAUCUCCGGCGUAAUAAAUCCAAAAACCUUGGCGGAAAAUGUUAUUAAUGUUUUAGCUGAGAUGGAAGGUAUUUCUAAGAAUGAUAUACAAUGUAAAUGUAUUGAUUUCCUUGACAAAGUAAUGUCACAAAACUUUCAUCAUCUCAUCACAGUUCCAGCUGUUUGUGUGCAGUUAGCUCAUCAGUUUUACGUUGGACGAUUGAUGGAAGGUUCACUGUGAGCUAUAUACAUUAAUAUGCUAUAUACGCAUAUUGCCAAGGGUUUGCAAAAACUUCAAAUUGAAGAAUUUGACACUGAAGCAAUUUGUUUUGAGGAAAUAACAAAAACAUUUGGAACAGAAACAACUGAGUAUCUGCGGGCUAAUGGGUCGCUGGUUCGCACUGCAAGUGCGCUUGCGUUUAAAACACUUACAGACUCAAGUAAAGAAACGUCGAUAGUAUUUGCGGAAAAAAACAUCACAAAGCACAUGACAAAAACACAACUUGGUUACUUACUUCAGAUAGGGAUUAUCACAAAGAAAAAAUCUUUGGCGCUUAGCCCGCGAAAGAAUGUUCCAUUCAUGUUCGUACAUAAAACUAUUCAGGAGUUUCUAGCAUCGUUGUAUAUUGCAAUGCAUCAGACGGACAUUGAAGACAUCACGAACGCCAUUAAGUCGGUGUAUUGUGAUGCUGAUUCUAUACUGGACAUGGGUCAGUUAUUUAUCUUCACGUGUGUAAUGUGUGCUGCUGAAAGAAUGUCAAACCACAUCAUGGAUGUCAUAACAUGCGACAUGGAAAGCAAGCUGCAUUCUAUUUCAGACCCGACGAUAGAUCGAUUUUCCACGCAUUAUUUUGCACAAAGAAUUGUAUUGCAUGGCUUUAUUGAAAGCGUGGCAAAUUAACAGCCUUGCUUACAACUGAAACUCAGUCAUUUAGUACUUUGUGUUGGUAAUAAGAACGAAAACGAUGCUUUAAAUACGUUAAUAGAUAUGAACAAAUCAAACAUCGUUAGCAUUGACACACAAUAUAUUUUCUUGCUUCAACAAGAAUCAUCAUAUUGUGUACAGGAAAUUAUUUCGCAAUCAAGAGAUACAUUGUCGUUUCUGCGGCUUGAAACCGCGGGUCAAUUAGACCUACAGGGUCUAAGACUCAAGUACUUAUCAUGCGGAGGACGUUCCAAUAUAAGUAAUUUAGACUGCACCUGUAUGCACACGUGUGAAAUAAAUGUUUUAACACAUUUAUCAGAGAAUUGUAUCUUACAACCGAUGUCCGUCACAGGUAAAAACAUUAAAAUCCUAAAGCUUGGGGUUGUUCAAUCAAUUGAUCUUCUCCGCGACGCACUUCCAAACCUGGGAAAUUUACACACGCUAAUAUUACACAGUACAAAUUUUCCGAACACAAAUCUGUACUACUUUUCUGAAUCUAUCCGAAGGGUAGUUUAUAUGAACGUUGUAGUUUCCGCUCAAGAUGUGAAGUCGAUGGUGGAAUGGUCAAAGUCACGGGGCGCGUGUGUGUGUUGCGAAUUUAUGGAAUGUUUAAUAUCUGCCAAUAAUUGGAUGGAUAUAAGUCACUGGAUGACACAGCAGGACGGCAUUGAAAUAACGCAAUUUGAUUUCAUAGCAAGCUUAAAAGAGAUCAUUAUUUCUUUGAGCAUCAAGUUAUCAAAGUGACAAUACUCAAACAAGUUGUCACACAUUCAAGACGAAAAGAUCACUGUUCAUCAGAGAGCGAUAUAACACUAAGUACGUUGACAAAAAUAAAAAUCUUCAUAAGAUUCAUAAUCCGAAAUUGAUAAAAUUAUACAGAGUUAUAAACGCGAAAGAAAUUGAGUUUUACCUAUUCGGUAAUAUAAAUUAUAAAAUGAUUGACUCAAGCUAUGCAAAAGUAGCAACAGAUAUACUCGUUUGGUCUUUGGUAACAUCUGGCAUAUUGUGAUCUCAUCUUGUAUGGAACAGCUCAAUGCGAAAUAAACAAAAUGCAUCGAAUCCAAAACAUGCGUUCCAAAUUCGUACUCGGCCAACAUAAAUAUGACAGUUCAAAAGAUGCUUUGUAUAGACUACACUGGCUACCAGUAAAAGCCAGGAUAUUAUUCAAAUUUCUGACCUUUCAUGUAUAAUUGUUAUGUUGGUCACGCGCUAAAAUACCUUACAGAAAUUGUAACAGUAAAAGUACCAGCACGUAACCUACAAUCUACAGUCUCGUAUGACGGAUGUGAUGAUGUUAAACGCACAAAGAGAUAAACCUUCAUGGACAGGAGUUUCGGAGAUGUUGGUCCGAAACUGUGGAAUGAACUACCAUCAAACAUCCGGACCUCUGUCUCAAUAUAUAUUUUUAAAAGGAAUUUGAAAACAUUUCUCUUCAGAGACGUUUCAACCUGUUUUAAUUUGAAUACCGGUGAUUAAAAAAUCGAGACUCAGCGUUAUAGAUUUAUUUUAUUUUUUAUAAUUUACGAGUACGAUGGUUGUCCUGACGGAGUUUGAUUUCUCAAAUCUUCAACUCACAUGGUGGUAGUAUAAGCAGUGUCUUUUAGUCACGCUAAGCUCCUCUAGUUGUGUUUAUAGUAACAUUGUCAUGUUAACCUUCAAGUUGUGUCCUGUAGUCACAAUUGGUCAUUCUAUUUGUGGCUUGUAGUCACAAUAGUUCAAAUAAGGUUAAAACCUCCUAGAAUUGUCCGUUAUGUGACAGGUGACCGGUAGCUGCGACAUCCGACAGCCAGAGUGCAGAAAUAUCCUCUCACGUAUCCUUUCAGUUAAUGAAAAACAGUAUCUUUAUGUUCCCAAAACUUUGCUCAUAAUAACAUUAUAAUUAUUGUCUUAAUACUAGUUAUAUCAAUUUAUAACAAUAUUUUACUUUACCUGUGUUUUAAUAUUGUGCCGCCAUUGUUUACUGAUAAAGUUUGUGACAGCAUUUGUAUUUAUAUCACACAAUUUUAGAUUAUUGGUAAUUUAAUUAAUGCUCCCUAAUAGUAUUAAUCACUCUCAUUGUUUAUCAGUUUCAUGUACGUUUAUAUGUUUUGUACAACGCCAUUGAAUAUAAUUAUAUAAAUAGGCGUUUCAUCAAAUAAGCAAGUUUUAAGUUCCAAGUUUAUAAAAUUCAAACACUGUUAAAUAUUAAGCUUUCAUUUUACUCUGUAAUUAUUAUCAUGAAUGUAUACAACUUCAAGAUGUACAUACUAAUUGAAAAACUAGUGAAGUGUUUCUUGUUUAUGAGUUUGUGUUUAUCUGAUGGUUUGUCUCUCACGGAACACGGAAUUAUAUUUCACUCGUCCUUCGAGGGUGUUUAUACGCGACGGAUAUAUGUUACUACAGGUAUAUUUGAUAAAUUCUUUUGUUUGUUUCCGUUAUUAUGUAACCUAUUCCAUGUGACAAUAUAUUGUGCUGUUAUGUGCAGUAUAUGCAAUAUAUAUUCAUAACUAACUCAUAACUAACUUCCCUGUAGAUGUUAACGGCAAGUUUAUCUCAUUAUAUUUGUAAUCAUUUGUCAUGUAUGAAUGAAAUGGCCGCACUAUACACUUGGAGGCAAAUAACUAUAACAUGUGUAAAUAGAAUUGUCUCAGAAACUAUAUAACUAAGAUUCUAUCUGAGUAAAUUUGAGGUUAAAAAUUGUAAUAUGUCAAUAUGUUUAUAUGCACGUGCUAACACUUUCCAAUUUUUAAUAAAUGCACGUGUAAAUCACUGCCUUUUUAGAAAAUCACUUAACUGAUAGGCUAUUGUCGUUAGAUUGUACAAUUGCUCUAGUUCAAAUUGACAUUUUCCAAAUAAAACUCUUUUUAAACCUUU